CCAACUGCAGACAAGUCAGUAAGCACAACUCGGACCAUAGCGGGGCGCUGUGCUCUACCCUAUGUUGUUUUCCUACUUUUCCCAUCACCAAACAAGUAAAAAUUAUCCCAGUAAAGCUUAACCCCCCUCCUCCUCAGAAUGCUGCAGCUCUCCGCCCUAUGUCGCUAUUGAGCCGGAAAUUACCGGUCCUGCCGUUGAAGUUUUUUUCCUACUGUAUUAUUCUCUUGCAGCGGUGGAGCAUAUAUAUCAACUGUGGCUUUCUAAGCUAUGGAUUGAUCAUGGCCGCCUGAGGUGCUGUACUCGAGCCAGGACUCUUGUUUUGAUACGGGGAGACAAAGCGCGGCGUAAUCUGGGCUCCCGUCUCCGGCGCUUUUACACAGUGGACGUAACAUUUGUAUUGGAUUUAUGAUUCUCUUCACACCAUCUCACCAUGCAGCCUCCUCCGAGAAAGGUGAAAGUAACACAGGAAAUAAAGAAUAUUCAUAUCGAGCAGAUAACAAGACUUCAUGCAAAACAUCAGGCAGAAUGUGAUUUACUGGAAGAUAUGCGGACCUUUAGUCAGAAGAAAGCAGCAAUUGAAAAGGAGUAUGCACAGACCAUUCAGAAACUGGCUUGUCAAUAUUUGAAGAAGGAUUGGCCUGGAAUAAAAGCUGAUGAGAAGGGAGAUUACAGGAAUAUGUAUGCAGUAUGGAAGGCAUUCCUAGAAGGGACGGUACAGGUGGCUCAAUCAAGAAUUAAUAUCUGUGAAAACUACAGAAAUCAGAUAUCAGAACCUGCUAAAACUGUGAAAUUGUUAAAGGAGCAACAGCUUAAAAAGUGUAUGGAACAGCUGAUGAGGAUCCAGGUCGAGCUGCAGGAUACAGUGAAAGAUCUGUCCAAGUCCAAGAAGAAGUAUUUUGAGACUGAACAGAUGGCACACACACUGCGGGAGAAAGCUGACAUUGAGGCCAAGUCCAAGCUCAGUCUGUUUCAAUCAAAAGUAAGUUUACAGAAGGCAAGUGUAAAGCUAAAAGCUCGGAGAAGUGAAUGUAUCUCAAGAGCAACUCAUGCAAGAAAUGAAUACCUUCUUACACUAGCAGCUGCAAAUGCACAUCUAGACCGCUAUUAUCAGAUAGACUUAAUUAACAUUAUCAAGGUCUUGGAUGGGAGUGUCUAUGACCAUCUUAAGGAUUAUCUAAUGGUAUUUAGCAGACUGGAGCUGGAGACAUGCCAAGCUGUACACAGCACGUUCCAGUUUUUGUUAGAAAGUUCAAGCAGGGUUGUACGGGAUUACAAUUUGCAACUGUUUCUCCAAGAGAAUGCAGUGUUUCACAAAGCCCAACCAUUCCAGUUCCAGCCUAGUGACAGUGACACGAAUCGACAUCUGGAGUCUGAAACUGGUACAACAGAAGAGCAUAGUCUAAAUAAAGAGGCUCGCAAGUGGGCCACUCGUGUAGCACGAGAACACAAAAACAUUAUUCACAGUCAAAGGGCCCUUGAAGAGCUAGAAUGUCAUGGGGUUGUAUCUUCAGAACAGUUUCGAAUGGAAACAGAGCAAAAAAUGGAGGAAGCUAAAGAAAACAUCCGUAAAGCAGAGAUAGUGAAGCUGAAAGCAGAGGCACGCUUGGAUUUGCUGAGACAAAUUGGAGUUUCUGUGGACACAUGGGUGAAGAGCGCAAUGAAUCAGGUGAUGGAAGAGCUGGAGAACGAACGUUGGGCAGUCUUCCCUGCAAAUUCCAACUCCUCACACUCUCCACGGUUGUCUAUGCACAUUGAUCUGGAGAGGGAAGAAGGGGAAGAAUUUGAAGAUAGCACAGAUGUUUUUGAUGACAGCAGUUCCAGUCCUUCAGGCACACUUAGAAACUAUCCUCUAACCUGCAAGGUUUUGUAUUCGUAUAAGGCAUCACAACCAGAUGAGUUGACAAUUGAGGAACACGAUGUGCUGGAGGUUAUAGAAGAUGGAGAUAUGGAAGACUGGGUGAAGGCACGGAGUAAAACUGGCCAGGUGGGUUAUGUACCAGAGAAGUAUCUCCAGUUCCCAACAUCCAACAGUUUGCUCAGCAUGCUUCAGUCACUAGCAGCACUAGAUGCAAGAUCACAAACUUCAAGCAAUUCAACAGAACCUGAGCUGGCAUCAGGAAGCAUAAAUGGAGACACCAAUGUUUCCUUUGUAAAAGCACUUUAUGAUUAUGAGGGGCAGACAGAAGAUGAAUUGUCAUUUCCAGAAGGAGCAAUAAUCCGGAUCUUAAACAAAGAAAAUCAAGAGGACGAUGGAUUCUGGGAAGGAGAGUUUAAUGGACGUAUUGGAGUAUUCCCAUCAGUAUUAGUUGAAGAACUUACAAGCUCAGAAAAUGGAGACUCUCAGUGGACAGGGGACAGUCAGGUAUCAUCACCAAAGCUGAAGGUUUGUCUUCCUCCAUUACCACUUUAUGAUCAGCCACCAAGCAGCCCCCAUCACAGUCCUGAUAAAAGGGAGUCUCUCCAUUUUCCCAGGUCACCUUCAGUUUCUGACAGCAGUUUCAGUCCUGAGUCUCCUGGUUUCCCUCAGCCACCUCGAUUUGUUCCAGAUAGCUCUCAUGGGAAAUUACGACCAGUCCGAGCAGCUCCUCCUCCUCCUACACAGCAUCAUCGCAAACAACCAGAAAAGACUGAAGAUGUAGAGAUUACCUUGGUGUAAUCAUGGAACAUUUCAGACAUCAGACUACAAUCAAGGCCAUACUCUCAUUUUGGCUUGGAAUUUUUUUCUACUUUUGCAUGAAUGGAUGGAUGAAGACUUUCUUUUCAUAAUGUGGCACAGAGGGAGCAAGAUGCUGAACUCGCUUAUACAGUCACAAAUAUUUUGUGCCUUUUUAUUGAGGAUGCUCCCUAGUAUAUAUAGACUGUAACAAGUCACAGUAUAGCAACUUAAUCUGUUAAGUUGGAGAAGAUGUGUCUUGUGAAAGGUGCUCAGUUGUAGUUGAGGCUCUUAGGAGACCCUCAUCUGUGUAAUGUAGUCGUAGCACACUUACAUCAUGUGCAUUAGUACAGUACAUUACUGUGGCCAUAGGAAUGUUUUGAAAGAUUCAUAAGUCAUUUUACUUUACUGUACUUGUGUACUUAGCUGUAAGACGUCUGUUACGGAGUUUUGAGAAAAAAGGAAUGGAUACACAGGUAUAUAUAUAGAGAGAGAGAGAGAGAGAGGCUGGUUCCUCUCUUAAGUCCCCUCUUCAAAGUUAUUUUAUCUCAUAGAUAAGGGAAACUGCUGCAUGUCAUGUGACACUAAUUGCAGUAAUGCACAUCUUUUUGCUUACCCUCAAUAAUUGUAUAUAAAUAGCAUUUUUCUCACUGAUUUCUACACAGUGCUUGUGCAAUCUGGAGUAUCCUUAUGGAAGUGUUAAAUUAGUAGCAGUAUACUGUAGUAAAUCUCAAACUAGAGUUACCCGAGGCUGUGACUGGACUUGUGUUAAACGUUUACCCACUUCCAGAUCAUUUUUAUUUGUGUAGUUAAUUGCAGUUCUGGCAAUUUACAGUGUAUUUGUAUGGUACUGGCAUGCCUUGAGUAGCAGUAACAGUACCUUUUUAUGCUAUACACUGAAUAUAUUUUCAUGCAUUCACUUCUGAGUAUCCUUUUAGCACUAGUGGUGACUGCUGCCUAUGAUAGGGAAUUUCUAGACUUUACUAGUAAUGCUUCAGAGCAUUAAUAUUGUGAAGCAGACACCUCAGAAUAUAUUUACAUGUCAGUGCAAAAGUUUUUUUCCUUUUUGAUGAGGUUGUCAUAAUUAUUCAUAGGUGCAUAGAAUCUAGACUAUCGAAAAAUGAAUAAUUUGUAGUCAUAACUACCAGUCAUUACAGCGAUUGAGGAGGAAGAGACCUCUGGUCAGGGCUUUCUCGGGGAGCUGAAAACUGAGCCAUAUGCUUUUUAGGUUUUAAGGUAAUAACCCUUUCUUGUAUAUUUCCUUAAACUUAAAUUCAAAGUUUCAUACAUGUAUUUUACAUAUCUUUUUGUAUUCAGUGAUUCUGCAUUGCAGUGGGUAAGUUUAGUAAAACAUGCUUUGUCUAACCCCCCCCCCCCCCAAAUAUUAGCUGUGCUUCCCUGUUUUCUUCUGAUAUGAUGUUUUCUUUGUGCGAUGAUAAACUUUGCAUUAGUAGUUUGGUUCUAGAGUUUCUUCACCUCUGAGAGGGGAUUAGCAGGAUAUGUUAAUGUGUAUCUAUUAUAAAUAUCCUGGUUUAGUGUGGAUACCCACUGUAAUGAUUGUGUUAUACACAUAACCAACAGGCAGUUGUUGAAAUACAUUAUAUAUUGACUGAAUCAUAAACUUUAAAGUAUUUCUUGCAGAUUGAGAAGCACUUUAACACUGAAUGUCUUUUGUAUGGGGGACAAAUUACUAAUUCAUGUGUAUUAUUUCUGUGCAAGUCUUCUUCUGGAGAAUAAUAUAAGAUUAUUUAAUUUUAUUAAGUCCUUGCAGCAAAUAUACAUCCAGCCCUUUAUUACAAUGGGUGCAUAUUUUAAAUUAUGUUAAUAAGUCUUGAACAUAAUCGCUUCUGAUGCUUGGAACAAGACACAAAUCUUAGAACUGGCAGCAACUGUCAUUGCAUAAAGAUAUCCUGCUCCAAUAUGGUUUUGUCAUUUUUUUUCAGCGAUCUCUCUAAUCUUCAUGAAGUAGUAGUACAGCUCAGUCUUGCACAUCAUUAGUGCAAGCUUUGAUCUGUUUUCCAGCAAAUUUGCAAGGCAGACAAAUAUGAUUUGGCUAGGUAAAUCACAACAUGCAUUCUUUUUUCUUGCAUUUUUAUCUCAGAAUUCAGAAUGACAUUCAGGAUGUUGGUGUGGAAUUGUUAAGAUUACCUAGUAUAGUUUGAAAUCUUUUUUCUCUCAGUCUUGUACUUCAUAAAAGUUAAAUUUGACAGGUAUUUCCUUUUGCAGUACAUUUUAGGGGAGUAAUGAGUAGAAACAGAUAUGCUUUGUAUUUAUUAUUUUUGUUAGGGCAUCAUUCCAUGGAACAGACUGUUUCAUGAAGUAUGUCACUUGACUGGCCAUCCACUGACCAUAAUCACAUAUUCUUUCAGUUAGUAUUUUAGUAACUGUUUCAUUGUUGUGCUGUCCUUAUUUUUACAUAUUUUGCUUAACAGAGUGGCUGAUUUUGCCGUUUCCACCCUAAUCGCUCUAGGCAGAUAUUCAGGCGGGUAGCAACUAUCCAGGGUCCUUUACACUGUGGAAAGCAUUGUUUUGCUGAUUGGAAUUUGUAGUACUUUCCAGCAACUGAGAAUAGAUCAUUAAGUUGCCAUAUACUUAGCUGUAGAAAAGGCCAUAGUCAGUAGUUGGCAAACAUUUUUUUUUGUUUGUUUUGUUUAUUUCUGACUUUAUGUAUGUGUUCAAAGUGGCUUCCUGUCCCAUUAUGGUAUCUGUAGUGAGGGAGUAUGGCUAUUUUGGUUUAUGCAUAGGUUAAGGCAUAAUUGAGUACAACUACACAUAAAGCAGAAGUCAGGAUGAUAGGUGAAACCAUUAUUUAAUUAUAGAAAUUCCCAUGUUACCUAGAUAUAAAAGUGAUACGUAAUGGAAAAUGUGGUAAUGCUCAGGGUAAUGCUGUUUAAAAGGAAUUUAACAUGAAGACAUAAUAGGAGAGAAGAGUACAGUGAAAGUAAAGGCCCAAAGUUAGUCUUGCAGCUUUAGAAGUACCUCAACAAUUUCACUGGUAGUGUUCGUAGUGGGAUACUUCGCUCCAUCUCUUCAACUUUAUUCCAUUGUUUAGUAUAGCUUUCAGAAACAGGUUAUGUAAAACUUGUUUUUGGUAUGUGUUAUGUUAUUGUUAUAUAAUGCUGUUCCAGAAAAUAUAUAUGAAGAUAACAUGAUUAUAUCUGAAGUAGAAUCACUUUGUUUUCCUGCUGCUGGGUGUGUGAAUCUUUUGUUGUGAAAUUAAGGUAUCUUUUCAGUGGCUAGCAGUUGGGUAAUGAAUGAAACAUAUAUGCAUCUGAGAGGUAUGUAUUGUUUUUGUUAAACUGUCAUCAUUGGUAAAAGUCUAAUCCUUACAAAUUCAAAGGAAAAGAGACUACUAGGACCAUAAUUACAGGUGGCCUGAUAAUCAAAAGUAAAAUGUCUCAAAGUGUGACACACAGGAGUUUUACUUUGUCAGCUAGCUAAAUUUAGGAAGACAUACAUGCAAGAAACUGCCACAUAAUUUUAGAGAUUUAAUAAUUUAUUCCUCAAAACUUUGGAAGUUCUUUGUCAGGCUUCAGGCAGUCUUCUAUGGCCAAUAUAUUUGUCUCAUUUUUUAUAUAGAAGUUAAGCAUGUAUAUAGUCAGUAUUUUUGUUCUUUUUUGAAAAGUGCUUUUUUUUCAGAUCCAAAUUUUAUUGCCCUAAAUAUUUCUAUUCGUUAAGUUCGUUUAUCAGUUAUCUGUUUUAUCACUUUAGUAUUUUAAAAAAAAUCAUUCAGCCCUUCUUUACAUCAGAAGGCAGAAAGUAGGUGAUUUGCGUGUAUACGGCGGCUGAAAAUCAGACAUCCUGUGGCAGUUGUCUGUUACAGAGUUUUAAGAGGUAAAUAGCAGCUGUUGCAUGCUGAUGGGUGGCAUAGGUCUCAACCUCUUAAGAGGCUAAUGUGGAACACAGACCAUAUCAAUGUGUGACAAAUGGUCAAAAUGUGGAACACCCUAUUUUCGCACUGCGCGAAACAUGCCAUUGACAUGGAGCAUGGUAGAAACUCUGUAAAAUUCAAUAAGACACUUCUCAGAUCCAAAACCUUUAUUUUGUAAU